AUGGCUCCGACAAUUGCGGUGUCCUCCGCCUAUACGAAGCCGCACCACCGCAUCGCCGCUGUGUCUGACGGAGCCGAGGUGUUGAAGAAAAGAAACGAGGAGUUGGAGAAGGAACUGAAAAUGAGUCUGGAGAGGGAGGAGAAAAUGAAGCAGGAAUUACAAAGAACAUGGGAGCGGCUGAGAGUGGCGGAAGAGGCGGAGGAGCGGCUGUGUUCCCAGCUCGGAGAGCUCGAGGCGGAGGCGCUCGAUCAAGCCCGAGAUUACAGGGUCCGUACGAUGUCGUUAAUGGAACAACUUUGUUCUGCACAGAAACUUCUUCGGGAAGCUUCAAUUUCUCUCCCCAAUCCUCAAUUUAAAUUCAACCGCGCUUUAAAGUGA